UAGGAAUGGAUACAAUAAUAAUGAAUAAACCUUUAACAGUACAAAGAAAUCAAUUAUUGAUGCAGAUAGCCCUUGCUAUAUAAAUAAGGCUAUUAUUCAAGCAUUUUUAAGCAAGAGUUAACGUUGCAUUAUACUUGGAAGUUGUUAGUGAAAACUCAACUUUCGUUAAGAUAAAAAUGUCAGCUCAAACACAUCGUCCUAUUGCUAACUUUCAUCCAUGUCAUUGGGGUGAUCACUUUCUUAAUAUCACAAACCCUCAUCAUGACGAGGCAGUCCAAGUUCAAAAGGAGCAAGAAGUGAGUCAACUUAAAGAUGAAGUGAAGAAGGAGCUGCUGGAAACUAAGAGCAACCCUCUUGAGCUGCUGAAUUUCAUCGACGUGAUCGAACGUCUUGGAUUGGCAUAUCACUUUGAACAAGAGGUUGAGGAUGCUUUGAAGCAAAUUUACGAGAGCUAUGAAGAGCAGUGUGCCAAAGAUGAUCUUUACCAUAUUUCGACUCGAUUUCGUAUCCUCAGGCAACAUGGCUUCUUUGUGCCUUGUGACGUGUUUAACAAGUUCAAAGAUGAAAAUGGAAGCUUCAAGGAGUCGAUAACCAAGGACGUUCCAGGAUUGUUAAGCUUGUAUGAGGCUUCCCAUGUUCGAGUUCACGAUGACAAGAUACUCGACGAAGCCCUUGCAUUUUCGACAACUCGUCUCAAUGCCAUGGUUAACCAAUUAAGCUCACCUCUUGCGGAUCAAGUUUCCCAUGCCCUUCAUCAACCUCUCCACAAGGGGAUGCCGCGAGUAGAGACUAGGCAUUUCAUCUCGGUGUAUGAAAUGGAUCCUUCACAUAACAAAACUCUCCUCAAGUUUGCAAAACUUGAUUUCAAUUUGCUUCAAGCCUUACACCAGAAGGAACUCAAAGAUCUAAAAAGGUGGUGGAAAGGACUACAUUUGAAUGCAUCAUUCAGUAGAGACCGAUUGACGGAGGCGUAUUUUUGGAUUUUAGGAGUGUACUAUGAACCCCAAUUUUCAUUUGCUCGGAAAGUGUAUCGAAAAAUUUUCAAGUCAACAUCAUUAUUAGACGAUACGUAUGAUGCAUAUGGAACUAUUGAAGAACUUGAACUUCUCACUGAAACAUUUCAAAGGGCAUGGGACAAAAGUUGUAUGGAUGAACUUCCGGAGCAUGUGAAGUGGAGUUAUUAUGCCAAUGUUGAAGCUUGUGAAGAAGCUGAAAAAGAUCUUGCCAAAGAAGGAAGAUCAUCUUUCGUCAACUAUACAAGACAACAGUUGAAAGCCUUAUGCAAAGCCUAUAUUCAAGAAGCAAGAUGGUGCCACCAAAAAUAUGUCCCUACAUAUGAUGAGUAUAUGAAGAUUGCCUUGGUGACCUCUCCUUACCCUCAUGGAAUAGUUGCCUCAUUUCUUGGCAUGGGAGAAAUUGCUUCGAAGGAGGUAUUUGAAUGGGCAUGUCAAACUCCUAUGCCUAAUAUCAUAAAGGCUGCAUCUACAAUAAUAAGACUCAUGAAUGACAUAGGUGGCCACAAGUUUGAGCAAAACAGGAAGCAUGUCGCAUCAGCUGUGCAAUGCUUGAUGGAGAAACAUGCGUAUUCUGAGGAGGAAGCAAAUGAGAAGCUAAAAGAAGAAGUUGAGCAUGCUUGGAAAGAUAUUAAUCAAGCAAUGCUUCUACCUUAUGUGAUUCCAAAACCUUUACUUACGCGGAUUCUCAACUUAGCUCGCGCUGCUGAUGUUAUAUACAAGGGCGAUGCUGAUGGUUACACACAUGUUAACCAAACUCUUAAGGACAAAGUUGCAUCUGUUCUUUCUCAUCCUAUUCCCAUGUAAUAAUAUUUCUAUAUGAGUGAUGUUUCCCUAAAUUAUUCUCUCUUAUAAGCACGUAUGUAUGUGGUUUGUAUUGUGUCCAUCCUUUGUUUUUACUAUCUGAAUCUUUAAGUGUUGGUGUCUUGAUAGACAUAAAUAAUGUUAUAUAUUGUAAGAAUGUAUGUGCCUAAUAAGUUUGUUUGCUUCCUCAUAAUAAAUAAAAACCUUGUUUUUUUAAUAGAUUUUUCGAUUACCCCUUAA